GGUUAUGCAAUGGUCUCUGCAAGAUGGCAUGUUCUUGAGUUGGAGCUUUUUAAGGCAAGCAUAUGCUGGUACUUCAACUUUACUAAGUGGACUAUAAUUUCUUCUCUCACAACAACUACAUAAGCAGACAAAAUUGCAAAGAUCUGCCCUGUGUCGAGUAUGACAGCCACGACUCGUGGCUCUCCAGUAGGAGGGAAUGAUAGCCAGGGCCAGGCUCCUGAUGGACAGUCCCAGCCUCCCCUCCAGCAGAAUCAGACUUCUUCACCUGAUUCUUCCAAUGAGAACUCCCCAGCUACCCCGCCUGAUGAGCAGGGCCAAGGAGAUGCUCCACCCCAGCUUGAAGAUGAGGAGCCUGCAUUUCCACACACAGACCUGGCAAAGUUGGAUGACAUGAUCAACAGGCCUCGAUGGGUUGUUCCUGUAUUGCCGAAAGGGGAAUUAGAAGUUCUUCUAGAAGCUGCUAUCGACCUAAGUAAAAAAGGCCUUGAUGUCAAAAGUGAAGCAUGCCAGCGAUUUUUUCGAGAUGGGUUAACAAUAUCUUUCACAAAAAUCCUUACGGAUGAGGCAGUGAGCGGCUGGAAGUUUGAGAUUCAUAGAUGUAUUAUUAACAACACUCAUCGACUAGUAGAACUGUGUGUGGCCAAGCUGUCCCAAGAUUGGUUUCCCCUUCUUGAACUUCUUGCCAUGGCCUUAAAUCCUCACUGCAAAUUCCAUCUAUACAAUGGUACUCGCCCCUCAGAAACUGUUCCUGCAGGAGUCCAGCUCGCUGAAGAUGAACUAUAUGCCCGUCCUCCGGACCCACGAUCACCAAAGGGUUGGCUAGUAGAUCUUAUCAACAAAUUUGGCACAUUAAAUGGAUUUCAGAUCUUGCAUGAUCGCUUCAUGAGUGGAUCAGCCUUGAAUGUUCAGAUAAUUGCAGCGCUCAUCAAGCCAUUUGGACAAUGUUACGAAUUUCUAACAUUACAUACAGUGAAGAAAUAUUUCCUUCCAAUUAUAGAAAUGGUUCCACAAUUUUUAGAAAAUUUAACAGAUGAUGAACUGAAAAAAGAAGCAAAGAAUGAAGCCAAAAACGAUGCUCUGUCAAUGAUAAUCAAAUCUCUAAAGAACUUAGCUUCAAGAGUUCCAGGACAAGAAGAAACUGUAAAAAACUUAGAAAUAUUUAGGUUAAAAAUGAUACUUAGGUUGUUACAAAUUUCUUCUUUCAAUGGUAAAAUGAAUGCACUAAAUGAAGUUAACAAAGUAAUAUCCAGUGUGUCAUAUUAUACUCAUCGACAUGGUAAUCCUGAAGAGGAAGAAUGGCUUACAGCUGAAAGAAUGGCAGAAUGGAUCCAGCAGAAUAAUAUUUUAUCAAUUGUGUUGAGAGAUAGUCUUCAUCAACCUCAAUAUGUAGAGAAGUUAGAGAAAAUUCUCCGUUUUGUUAUCAAAGAGAAAGCCCUCACUUUGCAGGAUCUUGACAACAUUUGGGCUGCACAGGCAGGAAAACAUGAAGCCAUUGUAAAAAAUGUACAUGAUCUUCUUGCAAAAUUAGCUUGGGAUUUCUCUCCUGAACAACUUGAUCACCUGUUUGAUUGUUUUAAGGCAAGUUGGACAAAUGCAAGCAAGAAGCAACGUGAGAAACUACUUGAGCUAAUUCGUCGUCUUGCAGAGGAUGACAAGGAUGGUGUGAUGGCACACAAAGUGCUGAACCUUUUGUGGAAUUUGGCUCAUAGUGAUGAUGUACCAGUUGAUAUCAUGGACCAGGCUCUUAGUGCCCAUAUUAAAAUCUUAGAUUACAGCUGUUCACAGGAUCGAGAUACACAAAAGAUCCAGUGGAUAGAUCGUUUUAUAGAAGAGCUUCGCACAAAUGACAAAUGGGUCAUUCCUGCACUGAAACAAAUUAGGGAAAUUUGCAGUUUGUUUGGUGAAGCACCACAAAACUUGAGUCAAACUCAGCGAAGUCCCCAUGUGUUUUACCGACAUGACUUAAUCAAUCAACUUCAGCACAAUCAUGCCCUAGUUACAUUGGUUGCAGAAAAUCUCUCUGCCUAUAUGGAAAGCAUGAGGCAGUAUGCUAAAGAGCACGGUGAAUAUGAUCCUCAAACUGUAAGACCAGGAAGCAGAUACAGUCAUGUGCAGGAAGUACAGGAGCGACUUAACUUCUUACGAUUUUUAUUGAAGGAUGGUCAGCUGUGGCUCUGUGCCCCUCAGGCGAAGCAAAUAUGGAAGUGUUUAGCUGAAAAUGCGGUUUAUCUUUGUGAUCGUGAAGCCUGUUUUAAAUGGUAUUCCAAACUAAUGGGGGAUGAACCAGACUUAGACCCUGACAUUAAUAAGGACUUCUUUGAAAAUAAUGUGCUUCAGCUGGAUCCUUCCCUAUUAACAGAAAAUGGAAUGAAAUGUUUUGAACGUUUCUUCAAAGCUGUGAACUGUCGAGAAGGAAAGCUAGUAGCAAAGAGACGAGCCUAUAUGAUGGAUGAUCUGGAAUUAAUAGGAUUAGACUACCUUUGGAGGGUUGUGAUUCAGGGAAAUGAUGACAUCGCAAACAGAGCAAUAGAUCUUCUUAAAGAGAUCUAUACUAAUCUUGGCCCAAGGUUACAAGUUAAUCAGGUAGUGAUUCAUGAAGACUUCAUUCAGUCCUGUUUUGAUCGUCUAAAAGCCUCCUAUGAUACAUUAUGUGUGUUGGAUGGAGAUAAAGACAGUAUCAAUUGUGCAAGACAAGAAGCAAUACGAAUGGUGAGAGUAUUGACUGUUUUGAGAGAGUAUAUAAAUGAAUGUGACAGUGAUUACCACGAAGAAAGAACUAUUCUACCUAUGUCAAGAGCUUUCCGUGGUAAACAUAUCACACUGGUAGUUCGUUUUCCAAACCAAGGCCGACAGGUGGAAGAUUUGGAUAUUUGGUCUCAUACAAAUGACACAAUUGGCCAAGUACGGCGUUGUAUUCUCAAUCGUAUUAAAGCCAAUAGUGCGCACACAAAAGUAGAACUGUUCAUCGGUGGUGAGCUGGUGGACCCUGCAGAUGAUAGAAAAUUAAUUGGGCAGUUGAAUCUCAAAGAUAAAACGCUAAUUACGGCAAAGCUUACACAGAUAAAUUCUAAUAUGCCCUCAAGUCCAGAUAGUUCUUCUGACUCUUCAACUGGUUCUCCGGGCAACCAUGGCAAUCACUACAGCGAUGGUCCAAAUCCGGAAGUUGAAAGCUGUUUACCUGGAGUGAUCAUGUCACUGCAUCCUCGAUACAUCUCUUUUCUUUGGCAAGUUGCAGACUUGGGCAGUAGCCUAAAUAUGCCACCUCUUAGAGAUGGAGCACGUGUUCUUAUGAAACUCAUGCCACCAGAUAACACUACAGUUGAGAAACUGAGAGCUAUUUGUUUAGAUCAUGCAAAGCUUGGGGAAAGCAGCCUUAGUCCAUCCCUUGAUUCUCUGUUCUUUGGUCCUUCUGCCUCACAAGUGCUGUAUCUAACAGAGGUAGUCUAUGCCUUGUUAAUGCCUGCCAGUGCACCUCUGGGAGAAGAUGCCAGUGACUUCCAAUACAACUUCUUAAAAAGUGGUGGUUUGCCUCUUGUAUUGAGCAUGCUGACUAGAAAUAACUUCCUGCCAAAUGCAGACAUGGAAACUCGAAGGGGUGCCUACCUUAACGCUCUAAAAAUAGCAAAAUUAUUGCUAACAGCAAUUGGAUAUGGCCAUGUUCGAGCUGUGGCAGAAGCUUGUCAGCCCGUUGUGGAAGGCACAAGUACAAUUUCACCGAUCAACCAGGCUACGCAUGACCAGGCAGUGGUGCUACAAAAUGCCCUACAAAACAUUCCUAAUCCCACUUCAGAAUGCAUGCUAAGAAAUGUAGCAAUACGUCUUGCACAGCAAAUAUCUGAUGAGGCUUCAAAAUACAUCCCUGAUAUCUGUGUUAUUAGGGCAGUACAAAAAAUUGUUUGGGCAUCGGGGUGUGGGUCAGUUCAGCUGGUUUUCAGCUCAAAUGAGGAAAUUAGUAAAAUCUAUGAAAAGACAAAUGCAGGAAAUGAACCAGACAUCGAAGAUGAACAAGUUUGCUGUGAAGCAUUGGAGGUGAUGACCCUGUGUUUUGCUUUGAUUCCAACGGCACUGGAUGCACUCAGUAAAGAAAAGGCGUGGCAGACGUUUAUCAUUGAUUUGCUAUUGCACUGUCACAGCAAAACUGUUCGUCAGAUGGCACAGGAGCAAUUCUUUUUAAUGGCUACCAGGUGUUGCAUGGGACAGAGACCUCUCCUUUUCUUCAUUACCCUGCUGUUUACUGUUCUAGGGAGUACUGCAAGAGAGAGAGCUAAGCAUUCUGGAGACUACUUCACUCUCUUAAGACAUCUUCUUAACUAUGCUUACAACAGUAAUAUUAAUGUACCCAAUGCUGAAGUUCUUCUCAAUAAUGAAAUUGACUGGCUUAAGAGGAUUAGGGAUGAAGUAAAAAGAACAGGAGAGACCGGUGUUGAAGAAACUAUCUUAGAGGGUCACCUUGGAGUAACAAAAGAGUUGUUAGCAUUCCAGACACCUGAGAAGAAAUACCAUAUUGGUUGUGAAAAAGGAGGUGCUAAUCUCAUUAAAGAGUUGAUAGAUGAUUUCAUCUUUCCGGCAUCCAAUGUUUAUCUACAAUACAUGAGAAAUGGAGAAUUGCCUGCUGAGCAGGCCAUACCAGUCUGUAGUUCGCCAGCUACGAUUAAUGCUGGCUUUGAGCUACUAGUUGCGCUAGCAGUUGGAUGUGUUCGAAAUCUCAAACAGAUAGUAGACACAUUGACUGAAAUGUAUUACAUAGGUACAGCAAUCACUACUUGUGAAGCGCUUACAGAAUGGGAAUAUCUACCACCUGUUGGGCCUCGACCGCCAAAGGGAUUUGUAGGACUAAAAAAUGCUGGUGCCACUUGUUACAUGAAUUCUGUCAUUCAGCAGCUGUACAUGAUUCCAGCUAUCAGGAAUGGGAUUCUUGCAAUUGAAGGCACAGGCAGUGAUGUAGAUGAUGACAUGUCUGGGGAUGAAAAGCAGGACAAUGAGAGCAAUGUUGACCCACGAGAUGAUGUGUUUGGUUAUCCGCAUCAGUAUGAAGACAAACCAGCACUGAGUAAAACAGAAGAUAGAAAAGAGUACAAUAUUGGAGUUCUGAGGCAUCUCCAAGUAAUCUUUGGUCAUUUAGCAGCUUCCAGGCUACAGUACUAUGUACCAAGAGGGUUUUGGAAACAAUUUAGACUUUGGGGUGAACCUGUAAAUCUACGUGAACAACAUGAUGCUUUAGAAUUUUUUAAUUCCUUGGUGGACAGUUUAGAUGAAGCUUUAAAAGCUUUGGGCCAUCCAGCAAUGUUAAGUAAAGUUUUAGGAGGGUCCUUUGCUGAUCAGAAGAUUUGUCAAGGAUGCCCACAUCGGUACGAAUGCGAGGAAUCCUUCACAACUCUGAAUGUAGAUAUAAGAAAUCACCAAAACCUUCUUGAUUCUUUGGAACAGUACGUCAAAGGAGAUUUAUUGGAAGGUGCAAAUGCAUAUCAUUGUGAAAAAUGCAACAAAAAGGUUGAUACAGUGAAACGCUUGUUGAUUAAGAAGUUGCCUCCAGUUCUUGCGAUCCAGUUGAAACGAUUUGAUUAUGACUGGGAAAGGGAAUGUGCAAUCAAGUUCAAUGAUUAUUUUGAAUUUCCACGAGAGCUGGACAUGGAGCCUUACACGGUGGCAGGCGUAGCUAAAUUGGAAGGAGAUGAUGUAAAUCCUGAAAAUCAGUUAAUACAAAAUGAACAGUCUGAAAAUGAACACUCUGGGAGCACAAAAUACAGGCUUGUUGGUGUACUUGUACACAGUGGUCAGGCCAGUGGUGGACAUUAUUACUCUUAUAUUAUCCAGAGGAAUGGUGGAGAUGGUGAGAAGAAUCGGUGGUAUAAAUUUGAUGAUGGAGAUGUGACAGAGUGUAAAAUGGAUGAUGAUGAAGAAAUGAAAAAUCAGUGUUUUGGUGGAGAAUACAUGGGAGAAGUGUUUGAUCACAUGAUGAAGCGUAUGUCCUACAGACGCCAGAAGAGGUGGUGGAAUGCUUAUAUUCUUUUUUAUGAACGUAUGGACACAAUAGACAAAGACAAUGAACUAAUAAAAUAUAUUUCAGAACUCGCUGUCACCACUAAACCCCAUCAGAUUAAAAUGCCAUCAGCCAUUGAACGAAGUGUACGGAAGCAGAAUGUGCAGUUCAUGCAUAAUCGUAUGCAGUACAGCCUAGAAUAUUUCCAGUUCAUAAAGAAGUUGCUUACUUGUAAUAGUGUCUACUUAAAUCCUCCUCCAGGACAAGAUCAUCUGUUGCCUGAAGCAGAAGAAAUAACUAUGAUUAGUAUUCAGCUUGCUGCUAGAUUUCUCUUCACCACAGGAUUUCAUACAAAGAAAAUAGUCCGUGGCCCUGCUAGUGAUUGGUAUGAUGCAUUAUGCAUCCUUCUUCGUCACAGCAAGAAUGUACGCUUUUGGUUUGCACACAACGUCCUUUUUAAUGUUUCAAACCGCUUCUCUGAGUACCUUUUGGAAUGCCCUAGCGCAGAAGUGAGGGGUGCAUUUGCAAAACUUAUAGUAUUUAUUGCACAUUUUUCAUUGCAAGAUGGACCAUGUCCUUCACCUUUUGCCUCUCCUGGACCUUCCAGUCAGGCUUACGAUAACUUAAGUUUAAGUGAUCACUUGCUGAGAGCGGUACUAAAUCUUCUAAGAAGGGAAGUAUCUGAACAUGGGCGCCAUUUGCAGCAGUAUUUCAAUCUGUUUGUGAUGUAUGCCAACCUAGGUGUAGCAGAGAAGACCCAACUUCUGAAACUAAAUGUUCCUGCAACCUUCAUGCUUGUGGCUCUGGAUGAAGGUCCAGGUCCUCCAAUUAAAUACCAGUAUGCUGAACUGGGGAAGCUGUACACUGUUGUGUCACAACUGAUCCGUUGUUGCAAUGUGUCAUCGCGGAUGCAGUCUUCUAUCAACGGUAAUCCCCCACUUGCCAACCCUUACGGUGAUCCUAAUUUAUCUCAACCCAUAAUGGCACUUCAGCAGAACGUAGCAGACAUUUUGUUUGUGAGAACUAGUUAUGUGAAGAAAAUUAUUGAAGAUUGCAGCAACUCUGAAGAGACCAUCAAGUUGCUUCGUUUCUGCUGUUGGGAGAAUCCUCAGUUCUCUUCCACUGUCCUCAGUGAACUUCUUUGGCAGGUUGCAUAUUCAUACACAUACGAGCUUCGACCUUAUUUGGAUCUGCUUCUGCAAAUCCUAUUAAUUGAGGACUCUUGGCAAACUCACAGGAUUCACAAUGCACUUAAGGGAAUCCCAGAUGACAGGGAUGGACUAUUUGACACCAUUCAGCGCUCUAAGAAUCAUUAUCAGAAAAGAGCUUACCAGUGUAUAAAGUGCAUGGUAGCUCUCUUCAGCAACUGUCCUGUAGCCUACCAGAUCCUUCAGAGCAAUGGAGAUUUAAAGAGAAAAUGGACCUGGGCAGUAGAAUGGCUUGGAGACGAACUUGAGCGUAGACCAUACACUGGCAAUCCCCAAUACACCUAUAAUAAUUGGUCUCCACCAAUACAAAGCAAUGAAACAUCAAAUGGCUACUUCCUAGAGAGAUCACACAGUGCUAGAAUGACUCUUGCAAAAGCUUGUGAACUCUGCCCAGAGGAGGAACCAGAUGAUCCUGAUGCCCCAGAUGAACAUGAGUCUUCUCCACCUGAAGAUGCCCCACUGUAUCCCCAUUCACCUGGUUCUCAGUAUCAACAGAAUAACCACGUGCAUGGACAGCCAUAUACAGGCCCGGCAGCACAUCAUAUGAACAACCCUCAGCGAACUGGCCAACGAGCACAAGAAAAUUAUGAAGGCAGUGAAGAAGUUUCCCCACCUCAGACAAAAGAUUAGUGAAAUGCACAUAAUCAAUUAACUUGCUCCAUCAAGACUGUGCACCCAGGCCUUACAGUCCAACCUUUCUCUGUGUCUGGCUAAUAUUUAAAACUAGAAAAAACUAUUCCUAAUCAACAUGGAGUGGAGAGUCUAUUCACUGUCUUAUCUGCAGAAAAUUGCUGUCAAUAUAUAACCCGCCUGCAGUGGAAAGUGUAUAGUGUUUUGUAAUAAAUGGCCUGAUGCUAAUGUGUAAAUGGCAAAGGUGUAUAUAGUAUAUUAAUGUUUGACUGUUAAUUCUUGAGCAAGAAACAUUUUUUUUGUCUUGAUGAGACUCACAGAUCUACAAAAACAAAAAAUAACUUCUUGAUAUAUCUGCUGCGCUCUGCAACCAGUGUUGCCUGCCUCAUGGCAGUCGGAUCAACUCCUUUACGAAAAAGCCUAUCCAUGUCAACCACAAAAAUAGUUUCAUGUUAAUUCUUUGCCACUGGAGUCGAUUUUACUAUGAGCAACGUAAUGGCUGGUAAUCUUUUAAUUAUUUGGUUGAUGUGGAAAAUUGGUGAUGUAAUAUUGUUUCUAGAUCUUUUUUCAUUGCCUUUUUCAUUCUGGUAUUAGGUUAAUCACUUUGAAGCUAUAGUUAUGCUGUAACAUUUAGCAUGGCUUCACACCAAGUUAGUGUAGCCAAUGAG